CACACACUCUUCUGUUGUGGCCACAGCAAAAGUUCUUAACCCAAGAUGAAGUGCUUGGCGUUUGUGCUCCUGGCGGCUGCCGUUUGCGCUUCCGAAAUCGAGAAGCGAGAGGCGGAGCCCAGCGUAGUUUAUCAUUCCGGCUACACAACUUCAGUCCAUCUACCGACCUACGGACCAUCCCUCCCUACUCACCACCACAAGAGAUCAGCAGAUGCUGAGCCUUCCAGUCCUUAUGGCGUCAGGACCAUCUCCCACACUCCUGUUUAUGGUGGAUAUGGACACAACGUUCAUACACUCCACAAAAGGGCUGCUGACGCUGAAGCUUCUCGACUUUACUCUCACAGAAGCUAUUCUUCCAUCCCCGUAGUCCACGGAGGAUACCAUGGUCACCGGUUCCACAAGAGGUCUGCUGAGCCCGAAGCUGAGGCUGAGGCUUCUCAUGGUUAUCUCCCUUACCUUCCAUACACUCCAGUUGCACCUUACGGCCGACACAUCUACAAGAGGUCUGCUGAACCCGAAGCUGAGGCUGAGGCUUCUCAUGGUUAUCGCCCAUAUCUUCCAUAUGCUCCAGCUGCAACUUACGGCCGACACAUCUACAAGAGGUCCGCUGAACCAGAAGCUGAAGCUGACGCUUCUCACAGUUAUCUCCCUGCUUACAUUCCCUACACUCCUGUGCAAACUUCAUACAGCCGACACCUCUACAAGAGGUCUGCUGAGCCUGAGGCAGAGCCAUCUUACCUAUACGCUCCUGUCUCUUACGCACAUACUUCUGUUUAUCGUCCUGCUUCUGUUUAUCGUUCCCUCUAUUACUGAGCCGGUACAUAAUGGACAAUUAUGCCAAACAGGAGCCAUAGUGUGUCAUCUAAUUAAUUCAACCGGAAAA